AUGUCACUCCCUUAUAAGGCGGUCGAUUUGCCAAGCGUAGCUGUUAAAGAGAACGUUCACAGCUGUAGCGGCCGCCUCGAGGCGAGCGAUAAAUCGCCCGACACCGGAAUACUCGCAAUUCGUCUCACCGCGGGCCCGACAAAUCCUCGUACGAUCCGCGAGUUGGGGAUAAAUUACGGGACACCGCUCCAGCGGCUGACUAAUGGCCGCGAACACCACACUGGCUGGAAGCUGCGAAGCGGAGGAUGCGCGGAGUUG